AUGGCGUCGCAAACCCCGGCCGUCGUUAUGGACAAUGGUACCGGAUACUCUAAGCUUGGCUUUGCGGGAAACGACUCGCCCUCUUUCGUUUUCCCAACGGCAAUUGCUACAAAAGCAAGUGGUGGAGCAAGCGGUGGAACAGGUGCCGGCAGACCAGCUGUCGCUAGUAAACCAUCGUACCUAACCGGUGGUGCGGGGCCGAGUUCAUCACUGUCGGCGAAGAGGGGCACAGAAGACUUGGAUUACUUUAUUGGCGAUGAAGCGCUGGCUGCGACCUCAGGCCCAGGAUACGGUAUUCAUUACCCUAUUCGUCAUGGUCAGAUCGAGAAUUGGGAUCAUAUGGAGCGCUUCUGGUCCAACUCCAUAUUUAAGUAUCUGAGGGUAGAGCCAGAAGACCAUUAUUUUCUUUUGACCGAACCGCCAUUGAACCCCCCAGAAAACCGCGAAAACACUGCUGAAAUCUUCUUCGAGUCCUUUAACUGCGCUGGAUUAUACAUAGCUGUGCAAGCCGUGUUAGCCCUUGCUGCAUCGUGGACUUCCUCAAAAGUUACAGAUCGUUCUCUCACAGGCACUGUCAUUGACUCCGGUGAUGGUGUCACUCACGUUAUUCCUGUAGCCGAAGGUUACGUCAUUGGUUCUUCGAUCAAGAGCAUCCCAAUUGCUGGAAGGGACAUCACCUAUUUCGUCCAGAGCUUGCUGCGUGGAAGAGGAGAGCCGGACAGCUCUAUGAAAAUUGCGGAAACCGUUAAGGAGGAAUAUUGCUACGUUUGCCCGGAUAUUGUCAAGGAGUUUGCCCGCUACGACAAAGAGCCAGAUCGAUUCCUGAAACAUACUGUCACAUCACCAAAUGGAAGAUCCGUUACUAUUGACGUCGGCUACGAGCGAUUCUUAGCCCCAGAAAUUUUCUUCAACCCAGAAAUUUACUCGUCGGAUUUCCUCACCCCCCUACCUACCGUUGUCGAUGGCGUUAUCCAAUCUUCCCCUAUUGAUGUUAGACGAGGUCUUUAUAAGAAUAUUGUUUUGUCUGGAGGAUCAACGCUCUACAAAGACUUCGGCCGCCGCUUGCAACGUGAUAUUAGACACCUGGUUGAUGCCCGCAUUCGGGCCUCAGAAGCUAGAAGUGGAGGGGCUAAGAGUGGUGGAUUGGAUGUCCAAGUUAUUACUCAUAAAAGACAGCGACAUGGGCCCUGGUUUGGUGGCAGUCUACUUGGCCAAACACCAGAAUUUCGAAGUUACUGUCACACUAAGGCGGAAUACGACGAAAUCGGUCCAUCAAUAGUUCGAAGAUUUGCUCUACUUGGAGGCCCUGGAAGUACUUAG